AAUUUGACAUGUCAUGGAGAAACAAAAACAUAAUUUUAUUUUUACUGAAUCUCGCGAUAAUUUGUUUACAGUAGAAAGUGAACUAGGGGCAGUUUUCAAUUACAUUUCAUAAACAAACAUUUGAAAAAUCUCCAAGAAUACAAAGUUUUUUUUUGGGGGCAAACGGCAAAAUGGCCCCAACAAAAUAAGCAACAUACUAAAAUCGGUAUUUUUUUUACUAAGGUGUGGUUAGUAUCAGUGAAGUAUACAACAACAACAACUUACAUUCUAUGCGAAUAUUUGAAAGAAAGUACGCUUUCAGAAAUAAGUAAAAAUUAUUAAUUCACUAGUCGACAAAUACACACGCAGCAAUAAACAGAGAAGACGUAGAAUAAAAGAGUUCUUAAUCGAGAAACGUGAAUAGAAUAAAUUAGCUGCUUGCCCGCCUGAACAAAAAAAAAAAGAAGCAACGGAACAUCGAAGACCGAAGACGAAGACGUUUCUUUUAUGCAAAUGAACUCAUUCUAAACAAAAACUCGAGAAAAAAAUAUAUACAUAUAUGACGAUGAUGAGGAGAGAAGAUCUGUAGUAUGGUUUAUGACGGUGUUGUUGUAGUGUUAGUUUUAUUACAAAUGAAUUUAAUGGUGAAUUGAAGCGAUAUUCUCUCAAAAUUUCGCAACAAGCAGCGGAAUCAAUAGAAGAAAGUAUUAAUUUCAGGAAUAUCUCAUCAAGACGAAGUCCCUUUUUUAUUAGUUUCGGACUCUCCUCUUAUUUGUUGCGUUAGCGCUGCCUCUUGCUUUUGCAAAUAAACAAAACUAUAAUAUACCGCGACGGCAGCAGAGAGCAAAAGACGAUUGAAGGCAAUGCAACAAUUUGACAGUCAUGUCACGACUUGCUGAUUAUUUCGUUAUUGUGGGCUACGAUAGUGAAAAAGAUCGAACUGCUACCGAAAAUAGUCUACUAACAUGUGGCAAGAUUAUACAACGGUUUCCCGAAAAAGAUUGGACGGAUACUCCCUUCAUCGAGGGCAUAGAAUGGUUUUGUCAACCGCUUGGCUGGAAUUUAUCAUAUGAAAAACAAGAACCGAAAUUUUUUACAUCCGUUCUUACCGAUAUUGAUGCCAACAAACAUUACUGUGCCUGCCUUAGUUUCCAUGAGACCUUAGCCAUAACACUUAACAAAAAAGUGGUCGACGAAGAAGAUGAAACCAUAUCGAAUACUUCAAAAUAUCCCAACUCUUCGCCAUUGAAUAGCUCGAAUUUGACAAAUAAUGGAGUUGGCGGUAGUGGGGGAGUUGCGGGUGGCAUACCCGCACCGACUCCCUCCUCAUCGCUUAUAUCACAUCAUAGUGUAAUGUAUGCUCCCAAGUGUUUGGUAUUAAUCUCAAGACUGGAUUGUGCAGAGACAUUUAAAAAUUGUUUGGGCACCAUAUACACAGUUUACAUUGAGAAUUUGCCGUAUGCCUUGGAGACAUUAAUUGGUAAUAUAUUGGGUUGUAUACAAGUACCACCGGCUGGAGGGCCACAAGUGCGUUUCUCAAUAGGCGCCAGUGAUAAGCAAUCCUUGCAACCACCUCAAUCGUCUUCAUUGCCCAUAACAGGAACAUCGGUGAAUUUUUUGUUCAAACAAUUGGGCAUUAAAAACGUUCUCAUCUUGUUGUGUGCUGUUAUGACUGAAAACAAAAUAUUGUUCCAUUCAAAAAGUUAUUCCCACCUUACGGAUAGUUGUAAAGCCCUUGUGGCUCUCAUGUAUCCUUUUCGUUAUACUCAUGUGUACAUUCCCAUCUUGCCUGCACCACUCACUGAGGUCUUGUCCACACCAACACCAUUCAUAAUGGGUAUACAUAGUUCGCUUCAAGCUGAAAUUACCGAGCUGUUAGAUGUUAUUGUUGUGGAUUUGGAUGGUGGCUUGGUUACCAUACCGCCAACUUUAACUCCGCCUGUACCGGUGUUGCCUUCGCCAUUGUGGGAGCAAAUUCAAGAAUUGCUGACAAUGAUAUUAUUUCCAAAUUUAUCGCAGGCAGAUCUAGCGUUUCCCUCACAGGAAAAGCCCACCAACUAUCCGAAAACUGAAGGCGUUAUUGACAAAGAGCUGAGGGCUAUUUUCAUGCGAUUGUUUGCUCAACUAUUACAGGGAUACCGUUCAUGUCUGACGCUAAUACGCAUACACCCAAAGCCAGUGAUUACAUUCCACAAGGCUGGGUUUCUGGGAGCCCGUGAUCUGAUUGAGAGUGAAUUUCUUUUCCGUGUUCUGGACAGUAUGUUCUUUACCACAUUUGUCAAUGAGCGCGGCCCACCCUGGAGGCCUUCCGAUGCCUGGGACGAGUUGUAUAGCACAAUGAAUGAAUUGUUGAAAUCGGAGGCGAACAACAAAAGUUUAUUGCAAAUUCACAUUGCGGAGUUGGGCAAAGUUUUGUAUGAAAAUGAAAAUCCCAGCCAGCAAACGUAUGUGCAGAAGGUAUUGAGGCCACCUGAGGGAGCAUCACAUCGCAUACAUCAGCCGGCAUUUCCAAGAAUCAACUCUGACAAAGUGGAAUUAAUUAUCAAUGAUGGUAUACGCAAAAACUGUCUGCAACCCCGCUUAACAUCACAACGCAAUCAAAAUCGCACCAUACCCAUGGGACCUCGUUUGCCGGAAGUUUUGGAUGUUAGACCUAAUCUACUAAAUUCUGCCCGUCGUUUGGAGGUCUUGAAGACGUGUGUUGCCUACAUUUUUGAUAACAAAAUUGCAGAUGCCCGUAAACUGGUGCCCGCUGUAACGCGAACUCUUAAACAUCGCGAUGCCCGCCUGAUAUUUUGCCGCGAGUUAAACGGUUACGUGCAUGGCAACAAGGCAGUGUUGGACCACCAACAGUUCGAUUUGGUGAUUAAAUUUAUGAACAAAACUCUGCAGAACUCCACUGGCAUUGAUGAGUACACCGUUGCUGCUGCUUUACUUCCUAUGUCCACGAUCUUUUGUCGUAAACUUUCCACCGGGAUCAUGCAAUUUGCCUAUACUUGCAUUCAAGACCAUAGUAUAUGGAAAAAUCUACAGUUCUGGGAGUCCACCUUCUAUCAGGAUGUCCAAAUGCACAUAAAAGCUUUGUAUAUGCAACAUCGUCGGGCCAAUGAACGCAACAAGGAAUCGAAUUGUGUCUUGGAUGAUGUGCCGCUGGAAGAGCCCACUGCUUUGGAGAUAACAGCAGAGCAAAUGCGAAAAUCACCUGCCAUUGAAGAGGAGAAGAAAAAGGAAUUAGCACAAUCGGAAGAGUCUACGCUGUAUAGUCAGGCCAUACACUAUUCCAAUCGAAUGGUAUCGCUGCUUAUACCGCCAGAUGUCAACGCUGUGGGACAGAAGCCAAAGCAAACGUUUCGUUUCGAUGACAAUCAAAGUGUAUCCAAUAGCAUCAUGGGUUCGUUGAGCGAGCAUUCAGAUGAGGGUUUCGAAGAAAAUGAUGCCUCGGAGGUGGGCAUUGCAGUGGGCAAGAUUGUUUCCCGUUUCAUUGAUCGGGUCUGCACCGAAGGUGGUGUUACUUCGGAUCAUAUACGCAACCUCCACGAUAUGGUUCCCGGUGUUGUUCAUAUGCACAUUGAAUCGCUGGAAUCUGUUUAUUUGGAAUCCAAACGUCAUCCACAUGUUCAAAAGCCUAAAAUUCAAACGCCUUGCCUUUUACCGGGGGAAGAAAUUGUUACAGAACAUUUGAGAUGCUACCUAAUGGCGGAUGGGCGAGAAGAAGACACCCAGACUCUAAUACCAGCGGAAGGAGCACUGUUCCUUACAAACUAUCGCAUUAUAUUCAAAGGCAAUCCCUGUGAUCCCUUGGCUUGCGAACAAACAAUAAUUCGAGCCUUCCCCAUUUCGUCAUUGUUAAAGGAAAAGAAAAUCUCCGUUUUGUAUUUGGCUCAUUUGGAUCAGACAAUGCCCGAAGGUUUACAGCUGAGAUCGAGUACCUUUCAGCUUAUGAAAGUCGCAUUCGAUUCCGAGGUUACGCCCGAAAUGAUAGAAAAUUUCCGCAAGACUCUGAACAAGGCUCGGCAUCCCAUCGAUGAAUUUGAACACUUUGCCUUCCAAUCAUAUGGCACUAUUAUCCAUGGCACAGUUCCUCUCAAGGCUAAGGAAAAAUACUCAACCCUAAAGGGUUUCGCCAAGAAAACCCUAAUGAGGACCGCCAAAAAGGCAGGUCUUAAGCAAAAGUUUACGACUACAACCAAACGAAAACUGGUUACAUCCGCCGUGGAUUUUGAUUCUAUGGUUGCCUCGGUGGAUGCCCUAGAGACACAUUCCCAAAAUGAUGAACUGGAAGACGAUGAAUUUGAAUCUAAUAAUGAAACAUUACCACGAAUUGCCACCGCCAAGGAUGUAGAACGCAUGCGUGAGAGAAAUUAUGUCCGGGAUUGGAAGCGUUUGGGAUUUGAAGAUGCUCAUAGUGGCUAUCGCAUAACAGCAGUUAACUCCAACUACAGUAUGUGUCGCUCAUAUCCGGCCUUGUUUGUGGCUCCUAUACAAGUCCACGACGCCGCCUUAACCCAUUUGGGUCGCUGCUAUAAAAGCCAACGCAUACCGGUGCCCACUUGGCGGCAUCGCAAUGGUGCCAUGCUCAUAAGGGGGGCUUUGCCACACAGUAAAUCGGUUAUUGGCAUGCUUAAGAACUCCACCACAGGCUCGAAUAAUAUGUCAAAUGAUGUGGCCAACUACCAUGAGCAGGAUAAGUAUUUUAUGGCAUUGAUAAAUACCAUGCCCAAACCCAAUAUAGGUUUGGCACAAUACAAUCUCUCUGGCAUAAAUCUAUCAAUGAAUUCACUACUUUUGAAUACAUCCGCUGUGGAUGAUUUACACUACCUAAACACCUCCUUGACGCCCGAGGUGAGUAGGAAAAAUAAAUCGGGUUUGUCGGCUCACGAUGGCAAACAAAAAAGUGGCACCAUCAAAAAUUCCUCUGCAGUCUCCAAUAGUGCGGCAGCAUAUAGGAAAAUUCGUUUAUACGUUUUGGGCGAAAAAUCGCAAACCAAGUCCAGUGUCAAUGCCGAUUUGGGGGCAGAAUUUAUACCCGUGGACUAUCCCGACAUCAGGCACUCGCGCAUUGCAUUUAAAAAGUUGAUGAGGGCCUGUUUGCCUUCCAACAACACUAAUGAAGCGGACCAAACCUUUGCCAAAAAUAUCGAGCAAUCCGAUUGGUUGCAUCAAAUAUCCUCACUCUUGCAACUGGCCGGGGCCGUUGUGGAUCUCAUUGAUUUACAAGAGGCUAGUGUUAUGCUUUCGCUGGAAGAUGGCUGGGAUAUUACAGCUCAAAUAUCGGCGCUAGCUCAGCUUUGUUUGGAUCCUUACUAUCGCACAAUCGAUGGCUUCCGGGUGCUGGUGGAAAAGGAGUGGAUUGCCUUUGGUCAUCGCUUUGCCCAUCGCAGUCAUUUGAAACCUUCCCACAACAGUUCGAACAUAGCGUUUGCGCCCACGUUCUUGCAGUUUCUGGAUGGUGUCUACCAGAUACAGAGACAAUUUCCUAUGGCUUUUGAGUUCAAUGAGUUCUACAUACGAUUUUUGGCCUAUCACACCGUAUCGUGCCGCUUUAGGACCUUUUUGUUCGACUGUGAGGUGGAACGGUUCGAUAUGGGUAUCACAUCUGUGGAGGAUAAAAGAGGCUCCUUGUCGGCCAACAAACAUUUGCUGAGCAAUAACAAAUGUAACAAUGGGUCCGAUGACGAGUCUGGGGUCUAUCCAAUCGAUAUGCGCAACAAAACUUUGGUGAAUUUUAAUCGCAUUGGCCACUCGAUAUUCGAUUAUAUCGAGAGGCAGCAUUUGAAAUCUCAAAUAUUCUACAAUUUCAUCUACUAUCAGCACGAUGAUGUGCUAAGGCCGCAAAGUUGCGAAGCCGCUUUGGAUUUGUGGCCUUAUUAUACCAACGAAGAGCUAGCUCAAGGACCACCCUACGAUCUAGAAGUAACAAGUGCCGAUGACGAAUUAGAUUUGUCCGAAUUGAAGGGCAAACGCAUAGUGAUAUCCGCUGGCUAUGACAAUAUUGAGAAAUCUGAUCCCAAUGCAUUCGUCUGUUUGCUGAGUGAAGUGAAACAGGCUGAAACCGAAAGAGGCCAUUUGCCACAAAAGUGGCAACAAGUUUGGACGAGCUUAGAAGUUCCACAUGUGGAGAGAAUCGAACGUAAAUCAUCGUUGAGCAGUAUAUUCUAUCAUGGCAAAUUGCAACAUAAACGCUCCACCCUAGAGAUUAUAAUGAAGGGAAGACUCUCCGGCUAUCAGGACAAAUUCUUUCAUCCCCAUCGUUUUGAAAAGCAUCCAUACACCACGCCGACUAACUGUAAUCAUUGCACAAAACUACUUUGGGGUCCUGUGGGCUACCGCUGCAUGGACUGCGGUAAUUCUUAUCACGAACGUUGCACUGAAUCAUCGCUGAAGAAUUGCACAAAAUACAAGGCCGUCGAGGGUGUGGUGCCACCCAAUGUGAAUAUAUCACAGGGAGAUACGGCGAGUAUAGCAUCAAGUGCUGCCACAACUGCACGAACCUCAAGUCAUCAUUUCUAUAAUCAGUUUAGUAGUAAUGUUGCUGAAAAUCGAACGCACGAAGGCCAUCUCUAUAAACGUGGUGCCUUGUUGAAGAACUGGAAACAGCGUUGGUUCGUUUUGGAUUCAAUAAAACAUCAAUUGCGUUAUUAUGACUCAGUGGAAGAUUCAACUUGUAAAGGAGUUAUAGAUUUAGCCGAAGUUCAGUCCGUAACAGCCGCACAACCUACGCAAAUUGGCACAAAACGUGUAGAUGAAAAAGGAUUUUUCGAUUUGAAAACUUCGAGGCGCACCUAUAAUCUAUAUGCCAUGAAUGCGAAUGUGGCCCAGGAGUGGAUUGAGAAAAUCCAAGCUUGCUUACAAUAGAGAUUUACAAACAAAAAUUCUUUAAAAGAACAAAAACUGAAAUAAGGUAUAAAUGUCUAGUAAAAAAUAUUUAGCCAAGUAUUUAUCCGAAUCAUACAAAAGAAAAACAAAAAUU